GCGGCUGCAGCACCAUGUCCUCGGCUGAAAGUGAGGACAUAUCAAGCUACCAUUUGAGCGUGGUGCGUAACCCACCGGGCUGGGAGGUGGGGAUCUACCUGGUGGGCUUCUUUGUGCUCCUGGGUGCAGCUGGUCUGAACAUCUGGAAGCUGUGGAGAUCUGGGACCUUCCCCACGCCGUCCCCCUUCCCUAACUUUGACUACCGAUACCUGCAGGAAAAAUAUGGCACCUCCUUCUCAGAAGUCAGACAGAAGAGAGCAGCAGCCAACAACCAUCGGAGAACCUCCACAACCUCCAGUCGUAAGCCCAGCUUGGCCCUGGGUGACACCCCUGAUGGUUUCAGGGACCUGGGUCACCUGGAGCUGAUGAGCAGGGAGCUGGACCCGACCGGCCUGGCUCAGCUCAACAGGUCCGUCUCCACCGACUCGCUCAGCUCCAUCUCCUCCAUCGCCAACAACUUUGGCCACGACUUCACGGUGGGCCAGCUGGAAGUGACUCUGGAGCUGGAGCAGUGUCGACAGCUGCUCCACAUCACCCUGCAUCAGGGCAAAGACCUGCUGGAGAAGGAGGAGGGUGACUUUCCUGGCUGCUUCAUCAGAGUCUCAUUAGGUCCUGAAGAACUCAACGUGGGAGUCACACGAGUUCAGACCAAUGCCUUCACCGUCAUCUUCAAUGAGCGUUUCUCCAUCCCCAUGGACCCGGCUGCUCUGGACGAGUACAGCCUGCGCUUCGCAGCCUUUGGGAUCGAUGCAGAUGAGAGGAACAUCAGUGCAGGAUUGGCAGAGCUGAAGAUGUCAGACCUGGACCUGACCAUCAGACCGUUCAACGCUUGGCUCUACCUUCAGGAUGUCAACAAGGCUGUGGACGCAGUGGGAGAGAUCCUGCUGUCCCUCAGUUAUCUGCCCACAGCAGAGCGCCUCACGGUGGUCGUGGCCAAGUGCAAGAACCUGGUGUGGACCAACGACAAGAACACAGCAGAUCCAUUUGUCAAAGUGUACCUCCUGCAGGAUGGGAGAAAGAUCAGCAAGAAGAAGACUUCUACAAAACGGGACGACACGAACCCUAUCUUUAACGAAGCCAUGAUCUUCUCUGUCCCGUCCAGCGUCCUGCAGGAACUCUCUCUGAGGGUGACGGUGGCAGAGGCCACUGACGAUGGGCGGGGGGAGAACCUGGGUCAUGUGAUCAUCGGGCCUGAGGCCAGUGGGAUGGGCAUCACUCACUGGAACCAGAUGCUGGCCACUCUGAGGAAGCCUGUGUCCAUGUGGCACCCUCUGCGCAGGAUCUAGUUGUGUCUGCAGAGCCCUGAGUACCACUCAGACCACUCGUCCAUGUUGAACUCUUGUCUGGAUGUGUUCUAAUUAUUUAACAUUGUGACCAACAGAGUGUCAGCACCUCGUCUUCACACAUGAGGGGAGCUAAAACGCCCCUGAUGGGUUCUGAAGGUGUGUAAUUAUUCUCCUGUAAAUUACUCAUUCUCUCCACGGUUGUGUGGGAGUCAGUUUUUUUU